AUGUCUUCAGAAAACGAAUCUUCGGCGGAAACACAACCACAGUCGUCCUUUCCCCUUAAAACAGUCGCGACUCUCGUAGCCCUCUUAGCAGUCAUUCUGGCGUUGUAUACCCCUCUCCGCUCAGCUCUACCAAAGCUAUCAAAGACGACACUACCAGUCUCAGCUCACACGAUGGCGACAAUGACAGCGACAGCGACGAACGGUACCUCCAACCUGAAGAUCACGAAACGACCAUGGAAUGGUAGAGGUCAUGCAGACCACGGCUGGCUCUACACGUUCCAUACCUUCUCCUUCGCCUCCUACUACGACCCCAAGUACGAAUCGUUCGGUCCUCUACGAGUCAUCAACGAAGAUCGUGUUGAAAGAGGUACUGGGUUCGGGCGUCACGGUCAUGCUGAGUUCGGUAUUUGGUCGUACAUCGUGCAAGGCGAGCUAGAGCACAAAGAUAGCAUGGGCAACUUGGAGAAGUUGAGAAGAGGCGAGGUUCAAUUCACCAAUGCUGGGACGGGCAUUUCCCAUUCUGAGUACUGCCGGAACCAAGAGGAGGAUGUACACUUCCUCCAGAUAUGGGCAAAGCCCAAUAUUCGAGGCCUCAAGCCAUCGUACUGCACGCGGAAAUAUACCGAUGAAAUGAAGACCGACAAGCUCGUGAGAAUCAUGGAGUCAAAAGAGCGACACAGCGGAAAAGAUGGACCAACAGAGCCCAUUGAGAUCUACUCCGAUCUGAGUAUGGACGCUUCGAUUUUAGCACCCGGCAAGAAGGUCGAGCAUGAGCUGGUCAAAGAUGGGGAGAGGAACGUUUUCCUACAUGUCGUAAUGGGCGAUCGCAAGCAGCCAACGAGCGGCGGUGCGAAGAUCAAGAUCGGGGAUGUUGAGCUUGGAGAAGGCGACGGUGCGUUCAUCAAGGGCGCUUCCGGACCUGGCAAGAUUGAGGUUGAGAGUGUGGGAGACAAGCCGGCGGAGUUCCUGCUGUUCGACAUGGGAGAGAAGUAG